AUGGUUCGAGUGAAUACCCUUGCUUAUCGUGCGCCCGAUAGUCCAAGCAGGCAGCUCCUGCAGGAAUUGACUAGGGAUCUAGAGCAGGUCCGCAUACAUGGUGAGGAAUUAAAGCUUGUCAAAGCUUAUGAGAGCCGGACUUUCCACGAGAAGCUUGAUCGGAUAGACAGAGAGAGAGAGGAAAUUCACACCAAUGCGCUCAAUGCAGCAGCAGCAAAACGCGACCAGAGAAGGUUACAGGCAGAGGAAACGCUGCGACUCCAUCUGCAGGCGGUAGAGGAAGAACGUAGGCGGAAAGAAGAGGCCGAGAGACGGCGACAGGAGAAGAUCAGACAGGAAAAAGAAGAAAAAGCACAAAAGGAGAGAGAAGAAGCUGCCAGGCUCGAGGCAGAGCGGAAAGCAAAGGAAGCAGAGAAAGCCAGGCAAGCCGAAGAAGCCGAGAAAGCAAGGAGGGCUGCCGAGGAAGAGAAGGCGCGACUUCAGCGAGAAAGGGCAGAGCAAGAGAGGAAGAAAGCGGACGACGAAUCGAGACGCAGAGCAGAGGAAGAGGCAAAACGGAAAGCAGCCGAGGAGAAGCAGCAGCAGCAGCAGCAGGCGGCAACAAAGCAGGGCAUUUCCGGUGCCAGUUAUCGGACCCAGCAAGAAAUACAAGAACAUGACCGCUACUUGAAACUACAUGCUCAUCUGAAGGAAUUCCGGACAUACAUGAGAGCCCAAACGAAGACAAAUGCCCUCCUGAAGCAACAUAUGGGUGACAUGCGCAGAACCAUUAGAAAGUGCGUAGGCCAAUUGGUAGCAGACGAUAAAGCCGCAAAUCAGAAACCAACCCGGGAAAUUGCCACGAUUCUGAAAAAGGCACAAGAGCUGGCAGAACCAAGCGUAGACAUACGGCAAUUCAUCGCCUUCCCUCCUCCAAACAUCGCCAAUGCCGAAAACCCGCAGGUUCCAGCUCUCUGGCUAAUGUUCGAAGCAGGCGUAACUACAAAAUGUGCUGAACCCCUAGGCGUGCUUACAGCCCAGAUCUUCUCCAUGGACGCCUUCUGCUACCAGGGCCAGUCCAUGAUCGACAUCCUCAUGGCAAAAUACAGAUUUCUCUGUCCUGUCCUCUGGGGCUUCUACGGAGACCAAUCAACCGAUCAAGGCAAAGCGGCAAUCGGUUGGUACCGAGAAGAGAAGAAUGGUCCGUUCAUAAGCCCCCAGCUUCACGAGGAGCGCAUGACAGGCCUCGGAGCCGGAUACGCAGCCAUAGCAUUGCGGAACUUUGCUAAAAGUCCGCGCCAAAACCCUUACCCAAACAGCAACUUCUGGAAGUCCCUUUCGUAUAUCGUUAACGUACCCCCCGCAGAAGUGCAGGAUACGCAUCUUGUCGUUCUAACGGCCAUGCUACGCUAUUCUGCACCCCGCAUUGUUAAUUUCUGGGGUGACAUGGGUGUUUUGGCGCUAAGACAGGCUAUUGUUUUGUUCCCUGCAAAGCUUCCUCGCAAGUCAACGCAGAGAGCCAUGGUUGAGGAUCUGCGAGAUGUACUUGCCAGGGAAAAACGGAUAAUCAUUUAG